AUAAGUCCUAUAUCCUCCGAAGCUCUUCCCGAAGCUCAGGCGCAGGCGCACGCAGCAUGAGGCAUGAGCUGGAGAAUGCCCAUCCUGGAUUAGCUCCUCCGGCUUCUGACAUCAAUCGUGGAUCCGACGAGGAAAAAUGGCUUCUUGCCGUCGCAUCCGAUCGCUAGUUCGGUACUGCAUCAAAUUUUAGCUUUUAAAAUAUGAGGAAAGUUGGGUUAUUUCGUCGUCUUCCUCGCUUGCCAAUGGCAGAACUUCGGAGCUUUUUUAGACGAGAGACGUAUGGGUGGAGAGCAACUGGUGGAUGGCAGUCGACCACGUGCUCCAAUUUGGCGCUGGAGGCUUGUUAGGGUUUUAACUAUAUAAAGGAGAGGAAAGAAUACCCAAAUUCCUCGUUCACCAUUCACGAACAGGCGGGCUGCGACGGAUUCUUCGGUUCAGCGCCAUUUUGACAGAGGAAUAGAAGUUGAAACCGACAGAUUAAAGGAGGUUCUACAGCACUUCUUCAUCUAAGAACAUGAAAAUGGUGACCAGAACAGUUGAUCUUAGAUCUGAUACUGUUACUAAACCAUCCGAUGUGAUGCGAGCUGCCAUGGCUAACGCUGAUGUGGAUGAUGAUGCCUUAGGAACAGACCCUACGGCAUUCCAAUUAGAGUCUGAGGUGGCAAAGGUUAUGGGUAAAGAAGCUGCAGUCUUUGUACCUUCUGGGACCAUGGGGAACCUCAUAGCCGUUCUUGUUCAUUGUGAGAUAAGGGGAAGUGAGGUUAUCCUUGGUGAUGACUCACACAUUCAUGUUUAUGAGAAUGGGGGAAUUUCAACCUUUGGAGGCGUGCAUCCUAAAACUAUAAAAAAUAAUCCUGAUGGCACUAUGGAUAUUGAUAAGAUUGAGGCAGCAAUAAGGACUCCCACUGAUUCCCUUUACUACCCAACCACUCGAUUAAUUUGCUUGGAGAAUACGCAAGCCAAUUGUGGAGGUAGAUGCAUUUCUGCUGAAUACACAGACAAAGUUGGUGAGAUUGCUAAGAAACAUGGUUUGAAGCUUCACAUAGAUGGAGCACGCAUCUUUAAUGCUUCUAUAGCUCUGAGAGUUCCCGUUCACAGGCUUGUACAGGCUGCUGAUUCUGUUUCGGUGUGCUUGUCAAAAGGUUUGGGAGCUCCUGCUGGAUCUGUUCUUGUAGGUUCGAAAAACUUUAUUGCAAAGGCUAGAAGGCUUAGAAAAGCCUUAGGUGGAUGCAUGAGGCAAGUUGGAGUACUUUGUGCAGCUGCUUAUGUUGCUUUGAGUGAGAAUGUUAGCAAGCUUGAGGAUGAUCAUAGAAAGGCCAAAAUAAUAGCAGAAGGAUUGAGUCAAAUUGAACAAUUUAGUGUUGAUGCAAAGUCGGUGGAGACCAAUAUGGUCUUUUUUACCAUCUUAGAUACUUCAGUUUUAUCACCUAAAAGGCUCUGUCAAGUCUUGGAAGAGCGUGGUGUGCUUGUGCUACCUUCAAGCUCAACUAGUAUCAGAAUAGUUCUACAUUACCAGAUAUCAGACAAUGAUGUCAACUAUGCCCUGACAUGCAUUAAGCAAGCUGUUCAUCAAAUUUUGACUGAAGCUUCACCAAACAAUGGAAACUAAUCAAGCAGCCAAGCCAUGGUGAUGAUCACUGAAGAAAUUGUUUUUAUUUACUAAUCUUGCCAUUGUUUGUUACUGCAAUUAAUCUCUUAAUAAGACUCUCUCUCUCUAUUUUCCCUUACCAAGCUCUCUAUUCUCCCUUACCAAGAUCUGAAAGACUUUGCUGUCAGUCUUAUAAUACUUGACCUCUGUUUAGUUUGCUUGGAGGCUGGUUAUCUUAA